AUGGCUGGUGUGGUAAAGGAGCGUGAAGGGGCAGAGAUAGUGUAUGGUUCUGAAGAGUGUUAUCGCCACUCCAUAGAGCUCUUAGAAGAGUUGGGUUUUCCAAAGGGUGUUCUUCCCUUGCAAGACUUGGUGGAGUGUGGCAGAGUAAAAGAAACUGGGUUCGUGUGGAUGAAACAGAAAGCUCCUUAUGAGCAUUUCUUUGAGGCAACCAACACGAGGGUGAGUUAUGCUGUGGAGGUCACUGGCUAUGUGGAGAAGCUUAGGAUGAAGAAAAUGACAGGCAUUAAAAGCAAGCAGAUGCUUCUGUGGGUGCCAAUAUCUGAGAUGAGCAUUGAAGAUCCCAAGGGGAAGAAGAUACUCUUUAAGACCCCUAUGGGAAUUGGAAAGUCAUUCCCUAUCAUGGCAUUCAUGAGCCCAGAGGAAAAGGAAAAGCACCUGAUUUUGCAGGAUAAGGAGAUUGAAGAAUGA